GUAUGCACUACUAAACAAUGUCCGAAUAUAUUCAAUACUGUUUUCCAAGUCAGUUUAGUUCCUCGUAAUAGUUAGGCAAGUAUGUCAGAAUAUUCGUUGGUAAAGACAACAAAAUUGGUUCUAAAAGGUCAUAAAGAUAUAAGGAGGUUGGUGGGUUGUAUCGAGUUUUGGAGAAAUCACAGGAACCAUUGCAAUAGAAAUGGGAAGAGGAACAUACAUCAGUGCCCUUGACAAUGGCCUUUUUACGCUUGGGGUCCCACAUCCAGAUGGUGAUGGCCCUCAUCCUCCAGAGCAGUUAACUGCUAUUAAAGUAUCUGAAUCCAGAAUAGCACUCAAGUCUGGUUAUGGGAAGUAUCUAGGUAUUAAUUCGGAGGGACUUGUUAUUGGGCGAUCAGAUGCCAUUGGAUCAAGAGAGCAGUGGGAGCCAGUGUUUCAAGAUGGAAAAAUGGCUCUCUUGGCUGCAAACAGUUGUUUCAUUUCCUGCAAUGAGGAAGGGGAUAUAGUAGCUAAAAGCAAGACUGCAAAAGAGGGAGAAAUGAUUAAGAUCCGCUCUUGUGCUGAGAGAGAGCCUUCUAUGAAAGACAAUAUUCCAAAGGAAGAUAAAGGGGAUGUCAAGCAAUGUGAAGUCAAUUAUGUAAAGAAAUUUCAGAGUUUUCAGGAUAGAAGACUACGAGUUAAUGAAGAGGAUAAGAGCUUUCUUAAAAGAGCUAGAAAGGACGGCAAUUUUCAUGAAGUUCUACUGGACAGGAGAUCAAAAAUGAAAGCUGAUAGAUACUGCAAGUGAAGUCAAAGACAAUGUUUUUUUUGUUUUUUUUAUUAGAAAGAUUCUUUUGCUGUAGCUAUGCAGUGUUUUAAAAAUGUAUGGAUCUGUAUAUAAAUGUGUAAAAAUGUCAGUGUAUCGCAUUGUUUAAUACUGAUGUUACAUAUUUUAUGAAUUAAAAAAAAAAUCAGAGUUUCACUGUAAUUUUUCCGUAUGACAGACGUCUGGUACUUAUUAUAGAGGAGUACUAAUUUCCAUGUUCUGGUCUUUUUGUUUUGCACAUUAACUUAUACAAAUGUUACUCUCGUCUGUACAGAGCAGAUAAUCCUAUAGUGGCUAACCUAAGAUGUAACAAAUUGCUGAUUCUUCUUAUACAGAAGAAACUGUGUAAUGGGUUAUGACUAGGUCACUAAUUGUAACUACUGUUUGAGAAGCAGAUUUUGAGAAAUUUGCCUUAAACGUAAACUUUUCAAACUGAAUUACAUAAAAUUCUUUUCAAGAACACACAAAACAGGAGUUAUGGUCAGUGAUCCAUUCGUACAUCUUUUUAUUGGGAGGUACUUAUCAGUUUAUUUCCCAGCAUGAUGGUUAUAUGACUAUAUAGCACUGUUCGCUUUCAGAAGAAAAGGUCUUCUCAGAUUCAGUCCCAGUCUUUUUGCCUAUAUUCUUUAGCUUGGUCUUAUUUUAUUCCACAUUUGAUGUUCAUCUACAUACUUUGCAACUGACCAUGUUAUUUAAGCAGUUCUUGGAAAGAAGCACUUUCAUACAUACAGUAGGUGAAUAUAUGUUGGAAAUUCUUGCUGUUAUUUUUACAUCACUGACCCAUAAACAUUGAGUAUAGAUAUAUUGUUCAACCAAAGGUUGUUACAUUUAUUUUCAUACUUUACAUAUUAAAUAUUUCCUUGAAGUAUUAAUAGUAUCCUGUUUACUACACAAAGUGUCAGUGGCAAAUAGACAUUACUUGCGUCUUAUAGUAGUGAACAGAGCUGCAGAAUCACUUCAUAUAAGAAGGGGGGGGACAAGCAGGAAAGUCACAAGUUCCUCCAAGGGCUCUUUUCCUGUAUUUAUUUUGGAUAGCUAAAAAAUUUAAUUUUCUUUUUUUGUAUCCCCUUCCUCUACCCUUUUCUUUGACUCAUUAGGGUAGAUAGGCUAAUUGUUAGGUUAUGGUAAGUUAGGUUGUUUUAUUAGGUCAAACAGUUCCCACCUUUGACGGUUUUGUGGUAGUGUAUUGCUGUGUUUAAAAUAAAAUUUAAAAGUAUUUCCUUAUUUGCAUUAGUUUAAUCAUGGAUCUGUUACUUUUAUGUUGUUCUUGUUGACCUUUUUUCUGUAGAUAUGGAAAAAAAGGAUUUUAAAAAUGUGUGGUGUGUGGCCAUAAAUAAAAAAAAAAAUACCUUUUCUGCAAGCACUCUACUUUUUCUAAUUUUUAAUACUUUGCCCUUCUGCAAGAGUUUUGUCAGGAUCAUCUCUUUCUGCUUGUAUGAUUGCAUCUUUACUAAUGUAGGUCUUAGCUGCUUUCUCAAGCCUAUGUUUGCAACAUGCACGCAAUGUGCCCUUUCAGUUAAUUCCUGCUGGGGAAUACCAAUGUCCAGUUGCUUAUUUGUGCUUUCAUAAAAUUAAUAUAGUCUUCCUUCCAGUUUUUUUGGUACAUCAGAAAAAUCCUCAGUCUUUCUUUGCAUGCUGUGUCCUCUAACUCUGCCAUUUUUUGAAACAGCUCUUCUUAAGCAGUCUGAUAUUUGGCCACCUUUUCUUCAUUUCAACUUCUGAUUUUUGCACUUUUAAUAAAGUCAUUAAAGGUCCUAUCUUUCUCAGCCUUUUGUUAUUUGGGUUGAUAUACUCUGUGUUUCAUUUAUUUUAAUCAUUUUUGAGCACAUUUGAUUUUUUUCUUAUAAAUUACUGGAAACUAUCUCUUGUACCCAAGCUGGAGCUUGAACUGCUUUUUGCUGAACAACUGCAGAAUUCUUCCUAGUCAAUGUUUUCUCCUCACCUUUUCUAAUUGAUUUUCUUUCAGAGUCUCAUAAGUUUCUUAGCUGACAUCUAGACAGUGUACUUAACUAGCCAGUAACCAAAUUUUACUAAAACUAUCAGAAUUACUAGUCCUUAUCUUUCAGUUUCUUUUUUUUUAUCUUAUAAUAUUUUGAAGCAAAGUUCAGUCUGCAGUGAGUAUUGUUGCUGGGUUAAUUUUUUAAUCUUAAGUUCUUCCUCAUUUACGGGGGAAAAAACAACUUUUGGGUCUUGUAAUACUAAGUCUGCUGACCAAGGAGUGUGUGUAUGAGAAGAUGACACCACAUCUUUCAUAAUUGGAGAAAUUGGUCAAUUUCUGCAAACUAAGUGCUUAUCUGCCAAGAUGAAACACAGAUUCCUAUGCUCUUGAAAUAAAGUAUAACUCAUUUGCUAACAAA